UAACCAAAUGCUUUUGUCUGCACACGUUCACUGAAAGCCAGCCGAUUGGUUUCCCUGGAAACUGAACUGUGUGCUCAGGAAUAGUGAAUCAUUUCCAGGUCACUUUCACCAUGGAGAGAGGAGCAGGGAGAUACUGGGCUGAGGAUGAAGUCCGUGCCCUGAUAAGCAUUUGGUCAGAGAAAAACAUUAGAAAGCAACUUCAUGGGACCUUGAGAAAUAAAGGCCUGUUUAUGUACAUAGCCAAGCGAAUGCAGCAGAUAGGGGUAAGCCGGGACUGGAAGCAAUGCCGUGCAAAGUAUAAAAAUCUCAAAUAUGAAUACAGAGCAAUGAAAUGUGGUCACACCAUUGAAGAUAUUAAUAAAAUGCGGUUUUAUACUGAGCUGGAUUCAAUCCUGGGAUCUGAGGAAAUAGGAAAGGAUGAGAACAACCAUGGCAGUUUGGAACAUAAGGAGCAUCUGGAUUCAGGACCCUCUCCUGCCGGGAAGAAAGACUUAUUGGUUGAACAGAGUCAUAAAGACACUAAAGAGGAUACACUAAUGAUUCCUCCAGUGUCUAAUGAAGGAGGCAAACACUGGACAUCCAAAGAGAUUGACGCAUUGAUACGUAUCUGGUCAGACAGGAACAUCUGCCGGCAACUGAAAGGCACUGUGAGGAACCAGAAGAUAUUUGAACACAUUGCCAAUCUGCUCAAGGAAGCAGGGAUAGACCGAGACUGGAGGCAAUGUAGGACAAAGUAUAAAAACCUUAAACAUGAAUAUGUUGUGAUAAAGAAAGCUCAAGAGUCUGGUGAUGAAAGUAAAACUAUGAAAUACUUCUGUGAGCUGGACACUAUAAUGUCCAACAAACCCUGUGGUAUUAAAAAAACUCUACCUAGUAUCCUGAAACAAGCUCCUCAGGCUCAUUCUACUUCCCAGAUUGCUUCAGAAGGACAGAAAGAAGCAGCCAGUGUGAAACCUACAACUGUUAGCAGAUGGAUCGCUGUACCAAAUGUUAUAACUAAAGUGUUACAUCAUGGAGAGGACAUGCAAGUGGAGUCAGAAGAAUUGCACAUGCCGGCCCUGAAACAAGAGUUAGCAGAGCUACAAAGGGCACCAGCGGGUACUGAAGUGGGCAAGCACUGGAAAACAGAGGAGACCAAAGCACUGAUAACUAUUUGGUCUGAAGAAAGUAUCCGCAACCAGCUGGAAGGUGUGGUGAGGAACCGGCAAAUAUUUGAGCACAUAGCAAGUCUUCUUCAGAAACAGGGCAUCGACCGGGGCUGGAGGCAGUGCAGAACCAAGUACAAGAAUCUAAAGCACGACUACAUUGUGGCAAAGAGAGCCAUGGACUUUGGGUUGAAGAGAAAGACUAUGAAAUUCUUUCAUGAAUUGCACGAUAUACUACAAAGCAAAUGUUCAGAGCCAUUCGCUCAAUUAGAAACUGGUGAGCAGCAGACGUCGCUUAUGCCGAAUAAAUCCACUAACUGUGGGCCUCUUGCAGAUAGCAAAACUGAAUUAUCUAAAGAAACCCAAGAGGAUGAUACAAACAUAAAGCAGGAAGUUACAUUUACAGACAUCUCAGAACCAGAAAUAAACAGGAUCCAAGCAAUGAAAACAGAAAUAAAAGGAACUGAUAAAGAAGACAACAUACUGUUUCAUACUAACAACAAAAUCACCUCAAGGAAGAAGAGAAAAGCCUCACUUAAAGACUCUCCAGUUCCACAUAAAAUAAAUAGUUUUGGGCCCAUGUGGAAAACCAAAUCAGAUAUAUCUACUUCUGAGCUCUCGCCCAUUGUGAGGGAGUAUGAACAUCUGCCAACAGGUCAUUUAACCAAUCCUGAGGAUGGCCAAAGGAGCAUUGAUAUUUGGGAGGAAGAUCUAAAGAGUUCUCAGCUAAGACUUCAGUAUUUCAGUUCCCAGGGUCCCGGUUCUAUCAGCGAAAUGGAAUCCUACGCAGAGCUAAAGCUGGGCAAGAAAUUAAAUGAAGGGAAAACAAAAGAGGUGUACGAAUUGCCGGAGCACCCUGGCUGUGUGCUGAUGAAGUCCAAAGACCAGAUCACUUCAGGCGAUGCAGUACGGAAGGAUCACAUGGAAGGAAAAGCCUCCAUUUCCAACAAGACUACUAGCUGUGUCUUCAAACUGCUGCAGGAGGCCGGGAUCAAAACUGCGUUUGUCCGGAAGUGCGGUGACACGGCUUUCAUUGCUACCCACUGUGAGAUGAUUCCCAUUGAGUGGGUGUGCCGCAGAAUUGCCACUGGAUCUUUUUUGAAGAGAAAUCCUGGUGUUAAGGAAGGCUACAGAUUCUCCCCCCCUAAAGUGGAAACCUUUUUUAAGGAUGAUGCCAACCAUGAUCCUCAGUGGUCUGAGGAACAACUGAUCUCUGCAAAACUCAGCUGCGCAGGGCUUGUGAUUGGCCAGGCUGAGGUGGAUAUCAUGACUCAUUCCACAGCGGCCAUUUUUGAGAUUCUAGAGAAAGCUUGGAUGACCCAGGACUGCACGCUAGUAGACAUGAAGAUUGAGUUUGGUGUGGAUGUUACAAAGAAGGAGAUUGUUCUUGCUGAUGUUAUUGAUAAUGACUCUUGGCGCCUGUGGCCGGCCGGAGAUAAGUCCCAGCAGAAGGAUAAGCAGACUUAUCGGGACUUAAAAGAGGUAACACCCGAGGCUCUGCAGAUGGUGAAGAGAAACUUUGAAUGGGUGGCAGACAGAGUAGAGCUCCUGCUGAGCCCAAAUAGCCGAGGUAGGGUGGUCGUACUGAUGGGAUCCAUUUCUGAUCUGGCACACUGUGAAAAGAUAAAGAAAUCCUGUGCCAACUAUGGCAUUCCCUGUGAGCUGAGGGUGACUUCUGCACACAAAGGCCCAGAUGAAACCCUGCGUAUCAAGGCUGAGUAUGAAGGUGAUGGCAUUCCUACAGUCUUCAUAGCAGUGGCUGGCAGAAGCAAUGGUUUGGGACCUGUCAUGUCCGGGAACACUGCUUAUCCUGUUCUUAAUUGCCCCCCUCUCACUGCAGACUGGGGUGCACAGGAUGUCUGGUCUUCCCUCCGCAUGCCAAGUGGGCUUGGCUGUUCCACGGUUCUCUCACCAGAAGCUGCAGCUCAGUUUGCUGCUCAAAUCUUUGGUUUAAACAACCACCUAGUAUGGUCCAAGCUCCGCUCCUGCACCCUGAACACCUGGAUAUCUCUCAAGCAAGCAGACAUGAAGCUGAGGGAGUGCAGUAUCUGAUCUGUUGUUUAACAUUCCAAUAAAACACUGACUUGUUUCACUUUU